AUGUUAUGGUAUCUCCUGACCCGCAGGCCGCAGCCGUCGCCUCCUACCACCACCGGUCCCGCAGCCAACAAGGCGGGUUCUUCAAUUGACCUAUGCAGCACCAGCACAUGGGUGCGAAUGCCUCCUGCCGCGCUCGAGCUGCCGCUCCGCAGGCUCUCCGACGAGCAGGCGAUUAUGUCAAGGCGAAUACAGCGGAGAGUUCGACCGCGGAGGAGACGCUCGCCGACGUUCAGGCUGCUACUUGCUGAAUUUUUCAGCAUCUUGAGUGUCUCCAUUCCUUUGGUCUCACAGCUUACUGCUAUUCUCUGGCCACGUGCAGCAGGGGCCUUGGUUAAGGGUGACCGCGAGAUCCAACCAAGGCGGCGGCGAGAAGAGGCAGCGGUGACCAAGCAGAUCUGCACACGUGAGGAGAUGGUCUCAUGGGGUAGGGAUCAAGAGGUUGACCCACUGGAUCCAAGGCCGUGUGCAGCAGGGGCCUUGGUUGAGGGUGACCGUGAGAUCCAGGGAGUCGCCAUGGUGGAGCCGGAGGUGCGCCCAGCGUGGCUUUUCAGACAGGCCAAGGAGGAGAAGACCCGGAGGGUGCAGCAGCAGCUGCUGCAGCAGGUAGUUCAGACGAAGCACGCCGGUGGGAGGACGGGCUCCGGUGACGACUCGCAGGUGGCUGAUGGCAUCCUUGAUCAGGUUUAUAAGUCAACUAAUCCAAUAGUUUUUUUUUGCUUUAGAAGAUCUAGAACAGGCUCCAACCAGCCAGAAACUAGAAGCCUGCAGCCUGUGCCUUUGAGCAUUGUGUUCCCUGCUAGCCUGGACCCAGAAACUGAGCAUGUCAACACUGCUGACGAUAUCAACAUAACUGAGAACAAAGGGAGACCCAAGACAGCUGUGAAUAAGAAAAGGAAGCUUGACAAUCCUGCUAUGAAUACAAGAGCCAAGGUAUCUACAACUCCAGAUAGUUCUGCUAUGGGUACCAGAAGCAAAAGGAAGCUUGACAUUUAG